GACCUCAUGGUGUCCGUGCUGGUGCUGCCCAUGGCAGCCCUCUACCAGGUGCUGAACAAGUGGACGCUGGGGCAAGUCACCUGCGACAUCUUCAUCUCGCUGGACGUGCUGUGCUGCACCUCUUCCAUCCUGCACCUGUGCGCCAUCGCCUUGGACAGGUACUGGGCCAUCACGGACCCCAUAGACUAUGUCAACAAGCGGACUCCCCGUAGGGCCGCCGUGCUUAUCAGCCUGACCUGUCUCCCCCGCAUGCUGGUGCUCUACGGCCGCACCUUCAAGGCGGCCCGCUUCAGGAUCCGUAAGACCGUCAAGAAAGCGGAGAAGAAGAAAAUCACCGACACCUGCCUCACCCUCUCCCCGGCCGCCUUGCAGAAGAGAAGCAAUGGGGAGCCCGGCAAGGGCUGGCGGCGGACUGUGGAGCCUAAGCCUGGUGUCUGUGUCAAUGGCGCGGUGCGGCAAGGCGAGGACGGGGGCCCCCCCCUGGCGCUGCCCACCGAGCCGUGCGGCUCCCCGCCGCCCCCUUCCUUCGAGAGGCGCAAUGAGAAGAACACGGAGGCCAAGCGAAGGAUGGCUCUGUCCCGGGAGAGGAAGACUGUCAAGACCCUGGGCAUCAUUAUGGGGACCUUCAUCCUCUGCUGGCUGGCGUUGGUCCUACCUUUCUGUGACAGUAAGUGCUACAUGCCCGAGUGGCUGGGGGCAGUCAUUAACUGGCUGGGCUACUCCAACUCCCUCCUCAACCCCAUCAUCUAUGCCUAUUUCAACAAAGACUUCCAAAGUGCUUUUAAGAAA